AUGCUUCACAGCAAUUGUUUACAGAAUAUUUUUCUGACAUAUAGAAGAGCCGUUCCAAGCAGUGCGCCCAGUCAAUUUGUGGUGACCGAUAUUUGUGUAAUACUUGCGAAUAAAGGAGAAAUUCCUCUUCAUACUUACUAUAAAAUUCCGAAAAAUUUGAAUAAGGGAAUGGUGGGAUCAGAUGUGUACAUAUGCUAUAAGAAGUCGCAGUGUUCCACAAAACGGCUAGCAUAUAAACCAACGGUUUUGGAUUACUUCCCUAAAGGAAAAGCCAGCGAGAACGGUGGUGAAGACUUUAAGUUAGCCCAGAACAUAGCUCUUUUUUGUCUACCUAUGGGUGCUCUUAUCGAAUGUUGGCCAGUGAAGUGUCAACCACCUGACAGGGUGUUCUCGACUUUUAAUGGCACCAAGUUUUACGGCGCAUCAGUAUCGUUUUUUGAAAAAUAUUCUGAAAAGUUGACCGAAGAACAACUGGAACAGUUGGAGCUCAACUCUUCAGGUCGGGUUGAUGAAGCUGGUGCUGUGGAAGAUAGUUCUAGCAACAAUGAUCCUGCGGAUGAGAUGACUUUUUAUACGAACGUUGCUAUAUGCAUAAUCUCUCGAUAUCCAUUUUUCAAUUCAUUCAAACGAUUUCUUUACUAUAUCCAUAGGAUAUCGACAGGAGGAGGGAUAUAUGCUGUUCCGAUCGAGCGAUAUAUCUCACAUCUGAUGUACGAGGUAUCAUUUCCUACCCCUCGCCGUCCCCAUGUGCUUAUGCAACUUGGUUCGGAAACUAUAAGCUUUGAUUCACAGGAUGAAAGCCAGUUGCCAUUAAAUGGUGCCCAGUUGUGCGAUACACUGCGAGCUCUUGGUACAGAUAAUCUCAUCUAUCUAAUGAUGUUAGCUUUAUUGGAGCAAAAAAUUCUUGUACAUUCGCUAAGAUCGUGGAUGCUCACUGCGGUAUCUGAAAGUGUGUGUGCUCUAAUGUUUCCAUUUCAUUGGCAGUGUCCAUAUGUACCACAGUGCCCACUUGGACUUGCUGGAGUACUACACGCUCCUCUGCCUUUCAUUGCUGGCGUUGAUUCCAGAUACUUUGAUCUCUAUGAAGAUCCCCCUGUUGAUGUCACCUGCUUUGAUCUGGAUACUGCCACUAUAAGCCAGUCAGUAAAUCGGUUGACUCUAAAACUCUCUAUUUUGCCGAAGAAACCAACGAAGCAGUUAAAGGCAACAUUAGAUGACUUAUUUAGAAGGUUAAACAAGGAGGCUUUUGAUCUUGGUAGCAAAAAGGCAGAUUACGUCCCCGUCGAUAGGGAUCUGGUAAUUCAGAAGAAGCGAAAGGAGCUUGAGAUGGCAAUCCACGACGCCUUCCUGAGGUUUUUUUUUCGACAAGUUUUGUGUAAAUAUCACUGGAGUAUUUUUCAAAUUAACAUCAAUCACGAACCAUCACUUUCUUACACAUUUAUGGCGAACUUGAUGCGCGGAUAUCAGUCGUACUUGAAGCCCAUCAAAAGUGCACCAUCUUGCAUAAACGCAACUGAUACGGGAAAUUUGUUUGAUCUAGAUGGUUUUUUGAAAUCAAGGGAUAAGUCUGGUGUUGAAUUUUUCAAGAGAUUUUGCGCAACGCAAUCUUUCAUCCGUUUCAUUGAGGAAAGAAGUUUUGUCUCUGACAAAAAUACAUACAAUGCCUUUUUUGAUGACUGUAUUGCGAAAGUGGAUGCAAACGAAAAUGGUGAUGUGUCUUUGCUUGAGCUCGAUGGAUCUGCUCAUCUGAACAACACAUCAGUAUUUAUUGCUCCACCUGAACCAUUUGUUGACCCAAGUACAGGCCUUGAAAGAGAAUUCAAAUACAGUCAUUUUCCGAGGAAGCUCGAUCCUGCGUUGUUUCAACUGGACCACUUGAGCAUGAAUCGCAAUACAGAUCAACAGUCUGUGCCCGUUCAAUACGAAUACUAUCGUUGCGCUGCGGUUCGAACAAAACCGGAGGUUAGGUCUUCCAUGCUGGCUGCCACCAACUCUGUGCGAACAAAUCCCUUACAUUGGCCGAAAACGCUUCUUUUUUACGCCUACUCCUUAUGGUUUAUGCAGCUUCCCAGUCUCAUUGCAAUUGCUCCGAAUAAGAAGAAAAUCCUUCUCCUUGCAUUUCAUAUUUUAGACCGCAUGGAGCAUACUGAAGUAUUUCCUCUCGAUCAGGUCUGCUAUCGUAUUCUCAUUGAGCUAUGUGGAGAAUUUGGGGAACCAUCGUUAGCUGUGAAAGUGCUACAGGUUGGGUCACUUCCAUAACU